AUGCAGCGAGAACAGAAAACAGUCUCGUAGCUGGGAGACCGAGCCAGGGUCUCUGCUUCAUUUCAUAAGCUUAGAGGAGCCUCCUCGCGAAGGACCGAGAAGCACAGGGAAAAAUGUCGGCGGCUGCGCCUCUGAGGAAAAGAAUGGUGUUAUCGGAAAAAGUGAGCCAGUUAAUGGAGUGGGCUAGUAAAAGAUCCGUUAUUCGAAUGAACGGAGACAAGUUUCGACGCCUUGUGAAGGCACCACCUAGAAAUUAUUCAGUGAUUGUGAUGUUCACUGCUCUUCAGCCUCACAGACAGUGUGUUGUUUGCAAGCAAGCUGAUGAGGAAUACCAGAUUCUGGCAAACUCCUGGCGAUACUCCAGUUCAUUUACCAAUAAGAUUUUUUUUGCUAUGGUAGAUUUUGAUGAAGGUUCAGAUGUAUUUCAAAUGCUAAACAUGAAUUCUGCUCCAACAUUCAUUAACUUUCCUGCUAAAGGGAAGCCUAAGCGGGGUGACACAUAUGAACUUCAAGUGCGAGGCUUCGCAGCUGAGCAGCUUGCUCGUUGGGUGGCUGACAGAACUGAUGUCAAUAUUCGUGUGAUAAGGCCACCAAAUUAUGCUGGACCAUUGAUGUUAGGACUGCUGCUGGCUGUCAUUGGAGGCCUUGUAUAUUUGCGUGGAAGCAAUCUAGACUUUCUGUAUAACAAAACUGGCUGGGCAUUUGCUGCUUUGUGUUUUGUAUUAGCAAUGACAUCGGGCCAGAUGUGGAACCACAUCAGAGGGCCACCAUAUGCUCAUAAGAAUCCCCAUACAGGACAAGUGAACUAUAUCCAUGGAAGCAGCCAAGCCCAAUUUGUGGCAGAAACACACAUUGUUCUUCUGUUUAAUGGUGGUGUUACUUUAGGAAUGGUACUCCUGCAUGAAGCAGCUACUUCUGACAUGGACGUGGGGAAACGAAAAAUCAUGUGUAUUGCUGGUAUUGGCUUGGUGGUGUUGUUCUUCAGUUGGUUACUCUCUGUCUUCAGAUCUAAAUACCAUGGCUACCCAUACAGCUUCCUAAUGAGUUAAAGGAUUCCAGAAUCUAUAACAUCAGAAGGAUGGCGACUCUGAAAUUGUGUGUAUUGGAAUGGAAGAGAUAAAUGCGUAUGGUUCAUGCUACCUCUCUUUACAUUGAAUGAGAUAGUUAAACACUGAACCAAAGACAAUGUGUAGUGCCUUAAAUAUAACAAGUAAUUUGCUAUGAAGGACGCAGAGUAUUAAGAUGCAAUCUCUUUUCAUAAGCUUUACAUCUUAAACAACUUUACUUUAAAUCUAGUGAAAUUCAAAGCUUACUGCUUAGAACUACUAUGUUUCCUUAGACUAACUAUAAACUAUUUUAAAUUCAGUUGGAUAAUCUGUUUUUCAUAUUUUUUUCCCCUCAAAUAUUUAUCAUUUUAUUUCCUGUUCAUGUGUAGCUGGUGACGGUUGCUUCUCUGGAUCAUGCUUUCUCAUGGUUGAGGAAACUUCUUGUACCUGGAAACCUCUUCCUUCAGUGUGUAUAUGACCCUUGGCACAUACUCCACAUUGCAGUGGGAAAUGGGCAUAUCUUACAGCUGUAUGUUAAUUUUGAGAAGGAUACUUAAUUGCUGUGUGAUGCAAGAGAUUGCCUCACAGAGGAAGGGAGAGUUUUUAAUGGAUAGAAAUGACUUACUAAAAUAACUUCCAGAUUUUUAUGCUAGGUGACCUACUAAUGAGUUUUCUACUUGAUAUUUCAGAUUCAAAAACAAAAAAGCCAGGUUUAUUUCUUCUCCUUGUCCUUUUUCCAACCCCCCCACUAAAUAACCAGUAACUCCUAUCCUCAGUUCAACAGAAAUCGCCAUUUGUUACAGAGCAACUUGUUCAAUCAUUCAUUGAGAACUGUCUUUGAUUGCCAAAUGCUGAAACUACCAUGUAAACUGUAAACAUUGGCUCGAAGUCAAAAUAUUCUUAGCCUGUUCCACACUCCCCUCCCAAAAAUCUGAAAACCAGAACUACAAAGAUAACUCUGUAGCAUGAGUUAGAGGAUGUUAACUGCCUUUUAAGUUAUUGUUCAGUGCCCUGACAAACUAGCAGGUAUCAGUUUUUUAGUCUCUAUUUAAGUGCUCAUUAUGUUUUCUGUUAAUUUCUGUAAGCUUUUUUCAGCUUUUUCCUUGGGGAGGACAAGGGAGUGGGCAGAGAGACAUCUAAUCUCAGGAUGAAUGUUACUACCCCAUGAAAGAUUUGUUAGCCUUAAAAUUGAGUGGAUGCUUUCUUUGUUCUCUCACAAAGAUUAUUUUGCCUUCAGGAUUCUUGAGAAGACCUUGUGCCUCAGUCCAAACUUGCGUAGCUCGGUGUCUGUGCUAGAGAAAAUCUUAACAGCCUGAUUCAGUAAUACUCCCUCAGGCUGUGGUAGCCUUGGAGGUUACUAGUCAAAGAGACAAAUAUGAGACUUCUGUCUCCUGCUUCUGCCUCUCCCCUUUCUCAAGGGGUUAAAGAAUUUGGACACUUUGAAGCUCAAAAAGGACUAUAUCAUUCAAAGUACAAUGUUAUUCUUAUGCAAGCUUGUUGAAUUAACAUACAUUUGAAGUGCCUUAACUCCACUAAUUUAGUUUGGUGAUGUUUCAACACGUUGAGAUGCAUUUUUAUGCCAUACAGAAUGACAAACCUUAGUGGAAUGGAUAAAUUGUGUGCUUGACUGGAUUUUGGACAACUUUCAAUAAAUUUUUUUAGUCUGUUCCA